AUGUCUUCUAAACAAGAUGUCACUUCGGCCCUAUGGCAUAGCACAAAUGAUCAUCAUGGUUCGUCGUCUCAGCCACCUCCUCAAAAUGAUAAUGGUGGACAUUCGUCGGUUCAGCCAAAUGUUCAGGAUGUUUUCAGAAGAGAGAACACGUCUCAGCCACCUCCUCAGAAUGAUAAUAGUGGACGUUCGUCGGUUCAGCCAAAUGUUCAAGAUGUUUUCGGAAGAUAG